AUGGAUAACUUACUUUCAUUAAUGUUUAACAUUCAGUCUCUAAAACUGUUUGUAAAACAAAUUAAUUCCCUAAACAAGGGCACCGAAAGUAACAACACUAAACACGUUUCCAUGCCAGAACUAAGUUCACUGGAUAGUUGGGACUCCAGACUGAAAGUUGAUCCAGAUGUCCAAAUCUAUCUAGCAUACGACUUUUAUACCAUAGAUAAUAAGUACUUUCACAGAGAAGGAUAUGAAUUUAAUAACGUUACCUCUAGUUUAAAUCAACUUUUGACUCCUCAAAUCAAUCAUAUUUCUAUGGAAAUACCAUCGUUUUCUUUGCUGUCCCAAAGAGAUGAGAUACCAAAAAAUAUGUUUUGUAACAACGAUACCAUCAAAGAUCAGGAUUGUGCGAAUUCUCACUGUGAAUGUCCUCAUGGAUACCAGAUUCCUUUGAAUGCUGUUGUGGAAUUGGUGAUCAUCGAUGAAGGAUUUGCCUAUGACGCUAAUCAUCCCCUCCACUUACACGGUUACGCUUUCAGGGUGGUAGCCAUGGAGAGACUAGGAAGAAACGUUACAGUAGAUGAAGUGAAGAAAAGAGAUAGCGACGGUUACAUCAAAAGAAACUUGAUUAAUGCUCCUAUUAAGGAUACUGUGAACGUCCCCGAUGGAGGAUAUACUAUUGUUCGGUUUAAAGCUGACAACCCUGGUUAUUGGAUAUUCCACUGCCACAUCGAGUUCCAUGCGGAGGUAGGCAUGGCUCUGGUCUUUCAAGUUGGGGAAAAUGGUCAAAUGCCCCCUGUGCCUAAGGGAUUCCCUACGUGCGGAAAUUAUUUGCCAGAAGUAAGUUGUAACCCUAGAUCAUAUAUACUUACGUGGAUAAAUCAACACCAUAAGUUUAGCAUUAAAAAUUAUGUCUCCAACAUCACGACAUGCCAUUUUCAAACCUUCUUUAUUGUACUUAUGGAACGUUCAAUAGGUUUGUCUUUCUCGAGGACCUUACUUUGCGCAUGCGUAUUAAAAGUUGCAAGUAUCUCCAAAAUAA